AUGGCACCCUCAACCCGACUGCAAGCUCGGCCAGACCGUCGUGUUAGCUAUGCGGGGAACGGAGCACGGCACAAUCCUAUAGUCAUCGAAGACACGUCGUCUCCCACCACGUCUACAGGGUCUUCUGAACCUCGGACGCCUGCUCGCAGAUCUGCUCGCAAGCCCAUCGUUCGUGUCAAGGCCGGGGCAGUCGUCAAGACAAAUGCAGAGUCCAAGAAAGCUACCAAAGUUACGUCCAGCCCAGAAGAGAAGCAAUCCACGAAGAAAGAGCGACCUGUGCAGACGGAGUGCUUGCUCUGCGCAACCACGAAAAACACGGCCCGUUCUUUCAAGGUGCCAGUAGACGAAAAUGCCUGUAAACACCUCGAGGAGACCUGUAACGUGUGCAUUCAAAAGAUUCUUAAAAUGAAGAUCGUCGAUAGACAAGUCAACGAGGCAGAGCUAGCCUGCCCGUUUGGGAACUGCAAUUACAAGCUGGAUGUGCCGACAUUGAAGUCGGUCGUUAGCAAAGCCUCAUUUCAAGAGUGGGAUGCAGCUCUCGUCAAACAUCAUCUUUCAGCCAGUGAGGAGUACAUCAUAUGUCUCAAGCCCGAAUGUGGCAAGUACUUCUCGAUUGAAGGCUGCAAGAAGAGUAGGCGCGGUAAGCAGAAAGUCGAGUGCCCAUACUGUCAGUAUGAGCUCUGUCUUUCCUGCAAUCGCCCAUGGCAUAAGUCCGGCAGCUGCAGCAAGGCCUUGGAGAAGGAGAACCAAGAGUCCGAGGAAGCCAUCAAAAGCAUGGGAGCAAAACCAUGCCCAAAAUGCGGCGUCAACAUCGAGAAGCAAGGCGGUUGCGACCAUAUGAGUUGCCAACGUUGUCGACACAACUUCUGCUGGCAGUGUCUCGUAGCGUACUCUGCUACGAUGAUACACGGUCAGGGUUGUUCCAACGGUACUCGAAACAUUGCUCAAGAGCAUGCCAACUGGGUUCCCGCCAACCUCAAUCUAGCCCAGGUCAACAGUCUCAUUGAGCAGGCUCAUGUUCAACGCGACAACCUGGGUCCACAUCUACACCCGCCUGUUGGCUAG